CCACCGUUCGCCGCGAAUCAUCUCACAAGCCUGGAGGCCCAGCGAGAGUCACUGGCCAUCCCACGCUCCUCGCAAGGGCACAACCCUCGAAAGCCGAGUCCCAACAGAUCGGUUAAAUCACCCCCAAAACGCACCCACCACCACAACUCCGGCGGCGGCGACCAGACGAACACGAGCACCAAGGCGAUGGCGACUGCUCUCAACCGCGGCCUCCGCUCCGGGAUCCGCCUCCUCGCCACCGGCGCCGAGGCCUCCAAGCCAGCUUCACGUGGAUUCCAUGCUACCGGCGUGAAGAGGAUGUCAGGGCACGGCCAUGAUGAGCCAUACUACCUCCACGCCAAGCACAUGUACAACUUGCACAGGAUGAAGCAUCAGAAGCUGACUGCAUGGACUUCGGUGCUGGGAGCCGUAAGCAUUGGUAUCGGUGUCCCGGUCUUCGCGGUCGUCUUCCAGCAAAAGAAGACCUCCUCCGGAUGAGCUCACAUACCCUCCCAGGGCCUACUUAUUGGACCUAUUUUGAAUUUAGCAUUUUGUGAAAGCCAAAGCUGUCACUUCACUUGACUAUUGUUGUUUCGUGUUACUCCAUUUGCUCUUAGCAGAUGAUCUGAAUCUGUAAGCUCGUUUCUUUACGGCACUGCUUUCUGUUAAUAAUACAGUGGCUUGAACUUUC